UUGAAGCACACCUUACCGCUAUAAUAUGAGGAUGCAAUCUUGUAUAAAAUGUUUCCUUAUAUGAAUUUGUAUACAAGAGAGUGAGAGGGAGAGGAGCACAUAUAUACCCAGAACUGUCCAUUCCCAAUUAUGGAUGGUUGAGAUGAACCAUCCAUCCAAUGUGCCAUCACAAACUCUGGUUGAUUUUAGUCCUCCAUAAAGCAGGCAAAACCUUAUUUGAGGAUACUUUUUAGGGCUCGUAAUUUUGGGAUGAAAGAUUGAACAGAGAUCUCUUUCAUGCCUGUGUUUUCAAAAAAUGAUUGCUCUGUAUCUGAUUUCAUGUCCAUGGCUGUCUCUCUUCUCACUGCUACUUGUCCUCUCUCAGAACCCUGCAAUGGCGAUUGAAUUUGACUUCAAUGGCUUCAAUGACGGCGACAUACCCAUAAUCGGGGCGGCAAAACUCGAUGGUAGAACCAUCCACCUUACUGGAGCGGAUUCCACCAGAUCCAUUGGCCGUGCCUACUUUCCCACUCCUCUUACCAUCAAAUUCCAAAAUUCCACUAACAUGUCAUCCUUCUCCACCAGCUUCAUCUUCUCCAUCCUCAGUCGAACCCCUGAAACCACCCGAAACCGCGGCCUUUCGUUUUUCCUAUCGCCCCCUAUUGAAGGACAUGUCCCCAAUCUCGUGAGCCUCAUCGAUGUCGAGUUUGGCACCAAUUUUUACCAAGAAUUUGGCAGAAACCAUGUUUAUGUCCGACCUCCUCCUCCUCUCCCCAUUGUUAACAACCCUGCAGGAUAUUGGAGCUCGACUACCAGUUUCGAGUCUCUAGACAUACGUUCUGGUCAAAAUAUCCAGGUUUGGAUCGAUUUCGAUGGCCCCAAUCUCACCAUCAAUGUUACAAUUGCGCCUGCCGGCACAGCCCGUCCAGUCCGUCCACUACUCUCAUACCGCAAUGACAAACUUCAGGAAUCCCUCACUGCAGAGGUGUUUGUAGGAUUCUCGGGGUGGAGGUGGAAGCGCAAUGAGUGGCAACGGGUCCUCGCCUGGAGCCUCAGCACCGAUGGCCCGGCUCCUCCCCUCAACACCUCGAACCUCCCCGUCCUCUCUGUGGAAGAGUCCUCUUCUUCUAAAUCCGUAGCUUUUAUAGCUGGAAUCUCAGCAACUUGCGUUUUGGUGUUUCUCUCUUUGGUGAUCGGAAUCAUCUAUAAGGUGUUUUUCAAGAAGGGGAGUUCAGCAGUGGAGGAGUUGGAGGAGUGGGAAAGCGAGUAUUGGCCACACAGGAUCCCCUUAGAGGUCCUGCACAAAGCCACCAAGGGGUUCUCGAAGGAGGGCUUACUGGGUUCUGGUGGGUUCGGGAAAGUAUACAGAGGGACCCUUCCCGAUUCGAACUUGGAGGUUGCGGUGAAGUGCGUGUCGCGAACAUCUAAGCAAGGGAUACGAGAAUUUUUAGCAGAGAUAUGGAGCAUGGGGCGGUUACAGCACCGGAGCCUGGUACAAUUGAGGGGAUGGUGCCGGCAAGACGAUCAGCUCAUGCUCGUCUAUGACUUCAUGCCCAAUGGCAGCCUUGACAAACGCAUAUUCGACUCCCCUCGAAAUCUCAUGAAUUGGGAAGAUCGACUGCGAGUGGUCACCGAUGUGGCGGAGGGACUCCUAUACCUGCAUGAGGGAUGGGAGCAACAGGUGCUUCACCGUGACGUGAAAUCGAGCAACGUGCUGCUCGAUGCUGAUAUGAGAGGGCGGAUAGGGGACUUCGGUCUCGCGCGGCUCUACCAGCACGGCCAGACCACACAGGCCACACGCAUCGUGGGCACCAUGGGGUACCUCUCGCCGGAGCUAGGACGCACCAUGGCACCCACCACCGCGAGUGAUGUGUAUAGCUUUGGGGUUGUAGCUUUGGAAGUGGCGAGUGGGAGGAGGCCCGUAGAUUUUACGACUGAUCAGGUGCUAGUGGAUUGGGUCCGCGAGCUCUACUACGAAGGUCGACUUCUCGACGCGGCGGAUAGCCGUAUCGCCGGCGAAUAUAGGGAGGCAGAGAUGGAGGUGGUGCUUAAAGUGGGCUUGGCAUGCUCUCAUCCGAACCCGAAGAGGCGACCAUCGAUCCGGCAGGCACUGCGCGUACUACUUUGCAUGAACCUUGAUGAGUGCCAUUGAAGAGGGCUCAAUCCCUUGGUACUCCUAUAGAAAAGUUUACAUACACUACUUUACUACGGGCCGCCCAUCAUCUAAUCCCCACGAGGAAUGGUGGAGAUUAAUUGUAUUAGCAUAGCCAAGGAUUUUAAAAAGCCCCGCACAACAUGCAGCCUUUUACUCGGUAGUAUUUUCAUAUUCGAUUUUUUCAGAUGUAACCUCUUUGAUCUAGAAACUAACCUUUUAAAAGAAGUUCAUGGCAUUUUGUACAUGCUGAAAAUAAAGUAUCACAUUUGAAUUGGUA